AUGAAAAACCUCUGUUUCAGAGUCAUUACCAUAGUUAUAGGUCUUUAUUUUACUGGAAUAAUGACAAAUGCAAAAAGAAAAAGUAAUAUUUUAUUCAAUUCUGAAUGCCAAUGGAAUGAAUAUGUUCUGACAAAUUGUUCUUUUACCGGAAAGCAUGAUAUACCUGUGGACAUACCACAAACAGCAGCCACUGUGGAUGUAAGUUUCAGUUUCUUUAGAGUUAUCUUACAGUUUCACAUGAAAAAAGAAGAGUGGAAAAUAAAACAUCUGGACCUCAGUAACAAUCUCAUAUCAAAAAUAACCUUAAGCCCUUUUGCAUACUUACAUGCUUUGGAAGUGUUAAACCUGAGCAACAAUGCCAUCCGCUCCCUCUCCUUGGAUCUACUCAGUCCUAAGUCCUCAUGGGUGAAACGCCACAGAAGCAGCUUCAGAAAUAGGUUUCCAUUGCUGAAGGUGCUCAUUCUUCAAAGAAAUAAACUCAGUGACACUCCCAAGGGACUGUGGAAACUGAAGUCAUUGCAGAGUUUGGAUCUGUCAUUCAAUGGGAUAUUGCAGAUAGGGUGGUCUGAUUUUCACAACUGCCUGCAACUGGAGAAUCUCUAUUUAAAGAGCAACAAGAUAUUCAGAAUUCACCCACAAGCCUUCAAGGACCUCAAAAAAUUACAGGUCAUAGACCUCAGCAACAAUGAUCUGUCCACCAUCCUACCAAUGAUGAUCAUAGCUUUAGAAUUUCCCCAUCUAGUGGUUGACUUGGCUGAUAAUCACUGGCAGUGUGAUGAUAGUGUGACAGUCUUUCAAAAUUUUAUUUCUGAAUCCUGGAGGAAAACGUGGAAUGUCAUUUGCAACAGGUGUAUAGGGAGUGAGGAGGCCAAUGGGGGUACUCCCCAGAGCAGGAUUUCCAGGGAAACCAGCCUUCCUCCCAUUCAUCUGCAUCCCGUGAAAAGCCUCAUAAGGAGCAAAGCAGAGAGGCCCCAGGGAGGAAGGCACAUGGGUGUUUCCACUCUGGGGAAGAAGGCAAGGACCAGCUCUGGUCUCAGGGAGAAGCAGAGAUGGCUGCCAAGGAGUGUUAGAAGCAGGCGCGAUGUGCAGGCUGCCGGCAGAAAGGAGGACACUCCCCAGGACCUGGCUCUGGCAGUGUGCCUGUCAGUGUUCAUCACAUUCCUUGUCGCCUUCUGCCUGGGGGCUUUCACAAGGCCUUAUGUUGACAGACUGUGGCAACGAAAGUGCCAGAACAAAAGCCCUAGCCUGGACAACGCGUGUUCAAACGAGGGCUUUUACGAUGACAUCCAAGCUGUGGGGCACACACCACACCCAGAGUCCCAUCUGCGCCAAGCAUUUCCUCAUCUAAGCCUCUACAAGAACCAGACCCCUUUCUGGGCGACACAGCCACACUCACAUGCCACCAUAAUUCCUGAUAGAACUCUGGGAAGCAGCAGGAAGGAUCCUGGCAGUCCGCAGAGCUCAGGACAGUGCGGGGACAACACCGGGACAGGAAGUGGAAAUGAUAGUGCAGUCUAUUCCAUUCUCCAGAGAUACCCACAUGCUGGUAACCAUGAACUAAUGUCAGCAACACAGGAUCACAUCCAUAGGAAUGAUGUUCUUGGAGAACGAACUUACGAAACUGUGGCCCAGGAAGAGUCUCUCAGUGCACAUUCAGUGGGCGUCUCUUCUGUAGCUGGCACGUCUCGUGCUGUCUCUGGCUCCUCUCACGCUGUCUCUGGCUCAAGCUGUUACGAUUCCAAUGAAUUAGACCCGUCCCUCUCCGGAGAAAUGACAGCUUCCCUCUGUAAAAUGCUAACACAUGCAGAAGCACAGAGGAUUGGAGACAGUAAGGAAAGAGGGGGCACUGAACAGUCACUUUGGGACUUGCAGAUGGAAUUUUCUAAGGAAAGGCAAGUGAGUUCGUCCAUUGAUUUGCUGAGCAUACAGCAGCCAAGGCUCUCGGGGGCAAGUGCUGAGGGAGCACUUUCAGCUCACCACAGCGAGGUUCCACACGGUGACCCAAGAGACACGGACCCAUCAGUCUUUCCUCCAAGAUGGGAUGGUGGCCUGGAUAUCACUCCUGCUAACAAGGAACCAGUGCAGAAAUCCACUCUUUCUGACACUUGCUGUGAGUUGGAGAGUGACUGUGACUCUGAUGAGGGGUCUCUGUUCACUCUGAGCUCCACAAGUUCAGAAGGUGCGAGGAGCAAGACUGAAGAGGCAGCACCUGACGAGGAGCCCCUGCAGGACGAGAGCUCAGGGGCAAGCAAGGACAAUGUGACGGCUAUAGACAGUCUUGAGGACAAUGUCACCUUCCAAACAAUUCCAGGGAAAUGCAAGAAUCAGGAAGAUCACUUUGAAAAAUCUCUCAUUUCCACUCCAGACUCUGGUGUGUACAAGACUCAUCUGGAAAAUGCCUCUGACACUGACAGAUCUGAGGGCCCAUCACCCUGGCCCAGGUCACUGGGGAAUAGUCCCUUAGGGGAUAAGAUUCCGGGCAUGUUUACUUACAAUUAUGACACAGCUUUUGAAUCCAAGGCAGCAGAAUGGCAUUGCUCACUUAGAGACUUAGAAUUUUCUAAUGUGGAUGUUUUACAACAAACACCACCAUAUUCUCCUGAAGUUCCCUCAGAUCCUGAUAAGGCUGCCUUCCAUGAAAGAGACUCAGACAUUUUAAAAUAAGAAACUUUCAUUAAGGAAAUAUUCACAGCUCUAAACAAUAUUCCUUUAAUGAUCAUGGCAGGGGAAAACUAAAACCUUCACAACAAGAUCCUGAAGGAGACAACAUGAAUUCCAACCAGGUGGACACUGAUGCAAAUGAGGGUUUUGUGGGCCCACUUGAGGAG